GUAUAAGAGUAAACCUGCUGAUGACUACGAAGAUCCCAAAGAUGUUCAAGCCAUCAAAGAGGCUCAGGUGUUUAUGGGAGACUUCAAUCUGAAGACAGCCGCAGACUAUAAGAUACCCGAGCACAUGAGAAUAAAUGCUGCCAAGAAAGAAGAAGAACUGGGACAGCUAGACUCUAUGACCCAUUCAAAGAAAAUGUACUUGAACAAGUCCAUCCUCUCACUUCGAGAUCUUAAAGUGGCUGUCAUCGAGGAGAUACAGUGCCUGGUACAAGAGAUGAAGAACAUUCAGUCAACUCUUCACGCAUCCAAGCGCAUCUCCAUUCCGAAAAUCCCUCAGAUACACCCGGAAGAAGUUCCUGAAAAGAGAUUUCAGUAUGAUGAGGAAAUUCUCCUCGAUUUUAAGCAACAGCUGAUGAAAAAUGAGGAUACAAAGGCGCCCCUAGUGGAACAGGCGGGGCCGGUAGGCUCAGGUGGAGGAUUCCUUAGAUCCUCUUAUGCGAAGGAUGGGGAUUUGACAACACGAGAGUCCUUGUCUAGAGCGUCAAGGUCAUCAGCAUUCAGCCUAGAUCUUCCAAAGCCAUCUGAAUUUGAAAGAGCAGAUCCAAUUGAUGUAGAGACGGAGAUUAUGAAGAGAAAGGAGAUUAAAAACAUAUACAUGCAGCAGUAUUUGGCCAACAGGAUCAAAGAACUGAUUGUCACCUUUGAUGCAGAACUCCAUCUCCUGAGACACCAGAAACUGAAACUAGACAUUCAGAUGAAAUUAUCUGACCUGAACCAUGUCACAUUAUUUCAAGAAAUGAUGCUCCUCAAGAAUUUUGAAAAACAGGAGAACAUACUUCAAGAGCGUGUUAAUUCAUUAGACAAAGAGGAACAGGAGAUGCAAUGGAGAAUAAAUGAAUCUAUGAAGGAGAUGGAAGAGAAAAAGAAUGAAAUCACCAGGCUCCAGGACCAAGAAAAGGCACUCUAUGCUAGUUUUCAAGCAGCCGUUGGAGAAAACAAAUUUGCUAACUUCCUCAUGAAGGUCCUAAAGAAAAGGAUAAAACGGGUGAAGAAAAAAGAAGUCGAAGGAGAUGCUGAAGAAGAUGAGGAAAGUGAGGAAUCAAGUGAGGAGGAAUCCAGCUUGGAGAGUGAUGAAAAUGAGUCUGGAUCUGAAGAUGAUGUUUUGGAUGAUUCUUUCUGCCCAUCAGAUUGCGAUGUGAGUCUUUAUGAACUGGCACUUCAACUGCGAGAGAAAAGGCUCGACAUUGAGGAGGCCUUAGUUGAAGAGAAGAAAAUUCUUGAUAACCUCAAAAAGGAAUAUGAUACAUUGUCCAAAAAAGUCAAAAUUGUGGCGAAUAAUCUGAACGCAGCAGAGGAGGACCUGGAGGCCUAUCAGCGAGAGAAGCAGCAGCAGCUGAAUGAAAUUCUGGUUGUGAUUCCGCUCAAGCUCCACCAGAUAGAGUAUGUGAUAUUUGGAGAAAUACCGACGGACCUUUCUGGAACGCUGGUUUUUUCUAACCACUCCUUGAGUCGGCUCCAAGGCCGCAUCGUGCAGCUCCAGGAGGAGAACUCCAAGCAGCAGAAACUCAACAAAGAGUGGCGGGAGAGACGGAAGCAGCUUAUUCGGGAAAAGAGAGAGAUGGCGAAAACUAUAAACAAAAUGGAAGAAACAGUCCGCGAUCUGAUGAUCAGCAAGUUUGGCCGCGUGAUAGACCUCGCAGCUCUUCAGACCCUCUCUGUGAACACAACACUUGAGGAGCUCAGGAUCAAGAAACUUCGAAAGGAGAUAACGAAUGCCAGGGAAAUAAAGCAGUGGGAGGAAAAGAUUGCUCAAGUGCGCUGGGAACUGAUGAUGAAGACAAAAGAACACACCAGAAAGCUCCACCAGAUGAAUGAUCUAUGUAUUGAAAAGAAGAAGCUCGAUUCUCGGUUGAACACGCUCCAGAACCAGCAGGGCAAUGCCUUCCAGGGCCCUCGGAGAGCAGAUAUUAUGGCAAGAGAGAAGGUCACUCACCUGAUCCAACUCCAGGCGGAAAGGAUUUUGGCCUUAAAGCAAGAGAUUGCUCUUUUGCGUAAGAAAGGUGGCAUUAUCCUCCCACCCAUUAAGUUCCCACCGGAGAACAGAUGAAGCCCCUGUGCCUUUUACUUUUUUUUUUUGUCUCAAAUCCACCCAAGAUUUCUGACAUAAAUUUCCCCAGAAGUUGUCUCCUGCGACAGUCUUUUAUUUUGAAGUGAAUGGACCUAAAAGUCUAAAAUGAGAUCCAGCCAGGUAAUGCCCAACAUCUGUUAUUGAGCUGAGCUGUUUCACAUUUGUUUGGAACCAACUGGAUUGAAUGUGAAGUCUCAGAAGGCUGUGUCUCAUACUAAGAAAGCAUCUUUCAUAUGUCUCCUUUUAGGAUACUUGUGUUUGUGUUUGUUUUAUCUGAAUUUUUAGCCAUUGGCAAGAAAAGCUAGCAUUGAGAGUGUUAGCUGGUCCCUUUUCUGUUGCUGUUUAAAGCCAGUGGGCUAGAAGGUGAGCGGUAGCCUGGAUUUGAGGGCCCCAUGGAUUAGCUAAAUGAAGAUUGGGAGCAUUCGCCCUCACCCAGGUUGUGUCUGAAGUCACAUCUUAUUUCUCUUACCUGUUCGACUUCUCCUUGCCUAUCAUUUGCAUAUUGCUUAUAGUCCUUCACUUUCUUUCUUAAUUUUUUUUAAAAUUCUACUUUUCUGAAAGUCAUGUUGCAUCUUGAUGAGUUUUUCCAAUUUAGCUUUGGCUGGAAAAAGCGGGUAACAAUCUACCAGCUGGCACGCUACUGCUUUUGGCCAGCAGAGGGAGCACUUGUCCUAGACUGCCAUCAGUCCUGGGGCUUUCCUACCGUCUUGCUCAUCAAAUUCAUGACAAGAGUAAGAAGCCAGAUGCCUCUUAAUGAGAUUGUGUGUCUCAAGAGGCAUUUCAUCUGUAACUCAACUCUACUGAGAUUGAGAAGAGGCCUUGCAAGCUUCAGCCUCCAUCUAGUCCCGGGUAUGAGGAUCCUAUGGAUGGGCAGCAAGCAGUAAGUAAAUGUGGGUUUUAAACAAGUGGUGAGUCAGCUCCCCUGGCAGUGUGGGUGUAUCUUUGGAAAGAAGGGAAGUGAAUGUAUCAGGCACCACAUGUGUAGCGUAACUCUUAAAUACUUGGUCUUCAGCACACAUGGACCUCUACAGAAAUGAUUAGUUUCAUUCCUUGACCUGACCCGAGUUUUACCUUCAGUGCAGUCAGGAGGAGAACUGACUCUGCUUCUCCUUGCCUCCUGUGCACUGUCUCCCUCUUGGACUCAGCAGUUACUAUUGCAUCCCACGUUAAUAAAA